UGCCAUGCAAGUGCAACUCAUUCUCACGCUCGCGGUGCUUGCGGCCGGCGACGUCGUUCAAGACCUCUUUACGGAACACAACGCGCAGCGCACGCAGAACGGUCUCGAAGCGUUUACGUGCCUCGACACGCAGCUUAGCGCGCUCAGCGCGAGCCAUGUCGACUAUGAGAUUGGCAUUGACAACAUUGACCACAACGGCUUUGACGAGCGCUGCAAGGCCAUCGGCAACGUUGCUUGCGGCGAAAACACUCUGUACGACUACGAAGGCAACGCCAAGACGAUGACGACGAGCUGGAUGAACUCGGCCGGCCACCGCGCCAACAUUCUCAACAGCGGCUACAAGCACGUUGGCUUUGGCGUCAAGAAGUCGCCGACGAGCGGCAAGUGGUUUGCGACUGCGAUCUUUUCGAGCGAGAACCCGACCAAGGCCGCGUGCCUCAACGGCGGCAACGUGACGGACGCGCCGACGGCGUACCCGACCGAAUACCCCACGGACGACAAGACCGAGAAGCCUUCCGACGAGCCCUCGAAUGAGCCUACGGACCAGCCGACCGAUGGGCCGUCGGAUGAGCCGACCGAGUACCCCUCCGACGAGCCGACGGACGCACCAUCUGACACACCAACCGAUGCCCCGACGAAGCACCCGCACACCAAGCACCCGCACACCAAGCACCCGCACACCAAGCGCCCGCACACCAAGCAUCCCAAGCCGACCCCCAACGCGACGACGGAAGUGCCUUCCGAGCUCCCGACGGAGGUGCCCACGGACGCGCCCACAGAGUACCCCACCGAUGCCCCCAGUGACGAGCCGACUGACGCCCCCAGUGACGAGCCCACCGACGCUCCCAGUGACGAGCCCACCGACGCUCCCAGUGACGAGCCGAGUGACGAGCCGAGUGACGAGCCUAGUGAUGAGCCCACCGAGGAGCCCACCGAGGAGCCCACCGAGCCUAGUGACUAUCCUAGUGACGAGCCCAGCGAGGAGCCCACCGAGGAGCCGAGUGACGAGCCGAGUGACGAGCCCAGCGAUGAGCCGAGCGACGAGCCUACGGAUGAACCCAGCGACGAGCCUACGGAUGAACCCAGCGACGAGCCCAGUGAUGAUCCUACGGAUGAGCCCUCGGACGAGCCGACCAACGAGCCCAGCGAUGCGCCAACGGACGCACCUACCAAGGGCCCGCACACCAAGCACCCGCACACCACGCACCCGCACACCAAGCCACCGUGCCCUUCGUCGUCGGGCUCGACCGGCGACAACUACUAAACGUUCGUUCGCUCUCUGAGUGUGCUUCAUGUUGCGUAAUGAAAUGACAUGACGUUCUUGACUUUUGAUUUCCGAC